AUUCGUGGUCGGAUUUUAUUGUAACAAUCAUUCGCCCCACAACAUUUCUCAAAACUGGAUUCCAAAAUGGAGCUGUCGAAUGUUGGAGACAGGGUGUUCGCCGCCGAACGCAUUCUUAAAAAAAGAAGUCGAAGGGGACACCCCGAGUACCUGGUAAAGUGGAAAGGCUGGAGUAAUAAGCACAACACAUGGGAACCUGAAGAAAACAUACUUGAUGGGCGUCUACUGGAAGCCUUCGAGAGACGGGAAAGAGAAGCUGCCACCUUCAAAAGAGGGCCAAAGAAAAAGACUGAUCAACUACAGCCGCAAUCGAGCAGUGGUGGGAGGUCGACACGUGAUAGGCGGCUGAGUACAUCGUCGUCAUCAGAAGGCGAUUCAGACGACGGUGAAUCCGGCUCGAGCAGCAGUUCUAGCAGCAGCAGUAGUAGCGACGAAGAAACUGAAAAGGAACCCGUUACUACUACUGCUCCUCCUGCUCCAGCUCCACCACAACCUAUCACAGCUAAAGAACCUGAGAAAAAAGUGAUAGAAAAACCGUUGUCAUCUCCUCCGAGUUGUCGAGCGGCAGCCACAGCUGCUGGUCCUAAAAUCGCUUCGGCAUUCAGAGCUGACCGGUCCAUCAGUGCGUCGCAAACCUCGUCGAACGACUCGAAAAACAACAAAUCUGAUUUGGCCAAAGAGAAGAAGAAGGACAAGGAGAAGGAAAAAGAGAAAGAAAAGGAUAAGGAUAAAGAGAAGGACUCUGCUGGCACUAAGAGAAAAGCUGAGGUGCUUAGUGACAACGGCCGAGUCGGUGUCACCAUCUCCACCACGUCACUGGACCGGUCGAGAAGUCCGCGAAGCCCCAGUGGACACAACGGCAGCAGUCCACUGUCUCCUACAGCCAAAGUUCCUCGAUUGGCACCCACUACACCUACACGUCCAUCUCCACCUACAGAUCCAGCAGCAGCAACAACCACCACCACGCUGACUGCCGUCGUAGGAAACCCCACUACAAUUACCAAAGAGCCUCACGUCACACUGUCCAUUUCUUUGUCACCCAAUGGAGAAGCAGUGGCUCGCCCAGGAUUAGACUGGCGGGAGAGAUCGAAUCAACAACAACACAAUAACUCAUCUCCACAACAACCCACGCCACAGCGAUCACUGUCGCAAGAUGAACAAUCGGCUAAAAUAGCCCUCUUGUCAUUGCAACGUGGCGCCAAUAAAUAUUCCCCCAGUUCGCCAGCCAGUAGAUCCAGUUCUCCUACCAGACCGGCACCGGUUCUUUCACCUGCUCUGCCGGGCGAAUCUGCACAUCCGCCCAGUAGCAGUGGAAGUCUCAAUUCCUCCAAACGAUCUGAACAGAACAACACGGGUGGAAGUUUAUCGGAUCAGGAGAAUGUCAAUCUGAACGGACACGGACCAAACGGUCGCAAAUUGACUUCAGCUCCUUCUUCGACCGAUCACCUCCUGACACCCAGUUUGGACUAUUGGCAUCGCAAGAAUCCUUUGGUCGACCAGAUCUUCAUUACGGACGUCACGGUCAACAUGAUGACCGUCACCAUUCGUGAAUGCAAAACAGUGUCGGGGUUUUUCCGUCAUCGGCCAAACGGCGCUGCCAGUAGCAGUGCAGAAAAUGGCAACACCACCGACUCUGCAGAGGCUGACGGUAAAUAAAAAGAAAUUUACAAUCUCUCCUUAUUUUGAAUCGCGAGUUGUGUGUUACGACGUAACUGAAAAAAAAUUGUGAGAUUCCAAUAUUGAUUUACAAAUUAAUUUUUUUUCUUUUGCGAUUUAGUAUGUUUUUCUCCUAAUUAUGGUUAUUGAAAAUAUCCGUUGAGUUACUAAAGAAAAUGAAGGAAGCAAACAAUGACUGUUGAAUCAUGAAUCCCCACACAAAUUUUCUUUUGCAAACCGUGUUGUUCCGGUAUACUUGUAGAUUUUUCCAUAUUUUUUUUUAAAUUAAUUUUGUAAAAUUGCAUUGACCAACAACAAGGCAAACAAAAAGGAAAUUUUAAUUAAUUUUUUUUUUUCGAACAAAUUGCCAAAAUCGGGGCAUUGAUUUGGAUAUGAGCGCGUAAAUUUGUAUGUGUACAUUUAUAUACAUAUAGUCUAUAUUUUUCUUUUUGUAUCAACCUCUCAUGAAAUUGAUCCCAACUGGAGGAUUUUUGUUCUUCUUUCCUGUGCGCUUGACCUUAAAAUAUCCCGCUGUUUUUUCUUUCCCACCUCCGUUUUUGUGUCUUGUGUUUGAAGGCUGUGUUACAUUUUAAAUUAAUUUUUUUUUUCUCACUUUUUGUCCUUUUUCCCUCCACCAAAAAUUGGAUCUUAUGUUUAGUUUUUUCCUCCUCUUACCCAGCUAUAUAAAUUUCUCAUAAUGAAAUAUUUUUUCUUCUUCUCGAGGAGGGUGAAUAAAGUCAAAUUUGUACAAAG